AUGACCGUUGUUCCUGCUGCUGCCUUUCCCAUUCCCUGGUGCGGCCUGACCUUCGUCCUAUUGUUCUUAGGAGCCGCCUGCAGCAGUUGCGGACUGCCGUAUGACCAUGUUGAGCAUCUUAAUGCUGCUGCUGCACCCAGAGGCAACAGUAGCAGUGACAGAGGCAGUGAGACCACCCUUCAGGAAAGGGUCCUUUGGGCGGGACUACAACCCAAGGCGCCCUUUGAGGGGAGGGCUGUAGAUGUACAAGCAGCAGACGCAUUCAGAGGGUUCCGAAACCGCCAUCAGGAAAAGGGCGAAGAAAGAGUUGUAGACAGGGGAUCCUUAAUAGAAGGCAAAUAUCUGCUGCUUGAGCUUCUCCAUCCGCCGUUAUGGGCCCUUAAGGCUGCUGACGCAAGUAAAGGAGAGCCCUCUGGGCUGCUGCAGAUACAUCCAGGGUCUGUUGAGUGUGACACCGCGGCUGUAACUGAUUCUGCUGCGGCUGGGAGCGGCAGCUGCUUUGAGGAGAGCAGCGGUGACCAGUGGCCCACCAGGCAGCGAACCCCACAAUCCGCUGAAACUACGCGGUGGCUCCCUGGUUGGGCACGCCAGCAACGGCUGCUGCUACAGGAAGUAGCAGCAGCUUCCGCUGUAACAACAGGAGCAGCACUUGCUGCAGCUGUUGUGUCUGUGCGCUCCGAAGUCGUCAUUUCCAGGCAGCUGCAUGCGGGGCCCGAAGGCUUCUGCGUGGAUCCCUUCAUAAUCCUGCGAUCCUUCCCUUUCUGGUUUCACCCCCCCUCAUUGCCAUCCCCAGAUGCCAGCAGCACCACCGGCAGCAGCAACAACAGGUCUCGCUAUCGCCUGUUCGGGCAAUUAGGUGGUGGCGCAUACGGGGAGGUGUGGCGUGCGGUGUCUCUCGAUAGUGAGGCCCCAUUUGAAGAGACAGUACUCAAACGCAUGCGCUGCGAGGCCAUAGCAACACAGCCGAAUGGCGAAAAACUGGAGCAGCAGCAGCAGCUGCUGCUUCAGCAAGAGUCAGCGCGGGUACGGCGGGGUUUUGCCCGUCUGCUAUUGCGGGGCGCCCCUCACGUCUCGCGUUUCGUUGAAGUGCUUCCUGAUGGCCCCUCAGCUUCAUCGGAUGUUGGGGCUGUUAAUUUGGUACCAGCAGGCGAAGCAACUGCACCUGCAAAAGGAGUAGCGGCAGCGGAGUCUGAAGUAGCAGCAACAGUAGAAGGAACAUCAGCGGUGGCAGAGCCUGAAGUAGCAGCUGCAGCUGCAGCAGCGUUCUUGCCAGAAAUGAAUUUCGAAGACCUGAAGCGAGCAGCAGAGAGCGCGAGGCAGAGUUGCUGCAAUCGCUGGCUGGUCUUUGCCAACGAAGGCAUCUCCUUGACGCCUCUCUUCUUUGCCGCAGACACCGCAGGCAGCGGCAUGCUAACGCCAAAUGCGCUGUGGUGGUACUUAAAGGCUUCAGCACGCCUUCAUCCCCCACCUCGCCGUGUGCGGCAGUUUGCUGCUGCUACUGCUGCAGCAGCAGCAGCGGCAGCAGAUGCGCCAUUUUUGCCACUGUUACUGCAGCUGCAGCAGAACCCAAGUGAGCUGCUACUGUUCAUUCGCUCCGUGCUACAGCAGCUGCUGCAGGCGCUACAGGCGGCGCAUGCGCUGAACGUUACGCACCGGGACGUUAAGCUUGAAAAUGUGCUGCUGCAGCCUUCUCUUCCAGUUUCAGUGCGUCUCGUCGACUGGGGUAGUGCUGCAAGUAACGAUGAGAAUUCCCCUGUAGCGCGAGCGCUGAAGGCGCUAUGGGGGGAGGAGACUCUGUCAGUUUUUGAGGAAUCCGACGGCUACCAACCACCUGAAGUUUGGGCUGAGGCUGCAGCGCAGGCAGAGCUCGAGGCAACGCAGCAGCAGCAAAAGCAGCAAUAUCAGCAGCAGGCGUUGCAACGUCAACCGCAGAAAGAGAAGCAGCAGCACCAAGGGCAGCACUGUUAUGGAGCAUGUGUUGGCGGCAACCGCGACGGAAGCAGAGGCAGUAGCAGCAGCAUCCACGACCACAGGAGCACCAGUGCCCCAGAUGGCGCAGAGGAGGACGGCAGCAACAGCAGCAGCAGCAAGGGUUCUUUGCACAGGCCGCCUUCUUAUGACAUUUGGGGUGUUGGUUUAAUAUUCCUGAAAUUGGCCCUUGGUAAUCCUUCUCCUCUCGAGCCUCUCGAUGGCAGGUGGCGGGCCAAACUUUAUCGGACGUAUCAGGGACAGCCUGCUGCUGUGCUGCAGCAGCAUCUGCUGCUGCUGGCUCUGAAUGACUUGUGUUUAAUCCCAUGGCCAUCUGACAGGUUGCCGACCGCUGCAGUCUCCACAGCUGUUGCUGCUGCUACGCCUACAUCUUUCUUUGCUACUGUGAGGUCGGCUGUUGUUUCCGCUGCGGAGCGAUUUUACCUUAGUUGGCUCGACCCAGACGGAGGGACGCAGCAGCAGCAACAACAACGCAGAGACCUGCAACCGACAAAUGCAGCAGGAAUGGAGCUUAAGAGGAAGGAGGUCACCCACGAGGACAUGGGGCUUGACCGGCAGAAGCCGUUCGCGCUGCUGUCGCGGUUGCUUGGCACAGGGGGUAGCGGCGAGGUGGUGGUGCGGCACCACCAGCGUGCGGUGCAGCCGCUGUUGGUGUUGCAGCAGCAUCAGACAGUGCAGCUGCAGCGAGGACUCUUGGAGGCGGCUGAGGACGAUGGAGAUCCUAAUAAUGAGUUCGGCGAAGUUGCGGGGACGCAGCAAACAAGACAGAACCACCAGGACUGCAACGACGCCAUCUUCGCGGAGCUGUUAAGAGGUCGCGAUCCUGCCGGUGUAGGGGUACCGAAUCCGCUUGCUCGUGAUCUCCUCAGGAAGUUGUUGGCAUUCGACCCCCAAGAGCGUUUGUCGGCUGAAGCAGCGCUGCGCCAUCCCUGGUUUUCCGUCUCUGCUUCUGCUGCGGGAGCGGUAGACGAGCAGACCAACCCAAAGCCCUAA